AUGUCGACAGCUCCCGUAUACAACUCAUCUCAGCCUGCCGGAGGUAACCCUCUGGAGGUCGAUGUCAAUGCUCAAUACGCAGGCCUUGAAUUNCAAGUAAGUUCAAGUCAUCUCAACUCAAUAUUCGCCAUCUCUAACCCAUAUACCAGCUAUGUCUACCUUGCGGUCUGCUCCUUCCUCGUAUACAUGAUCAUUCCUGGCAUCGGCCUGCUCUAUGGCGGUCUAGCACACAAGAAGAGUGGUCUGUCCUUACUCUUCCAGAGUAUGAUGGUCAUUGCCAUCGUUACCUUCCAGUGGAUGUUCUGGGGCUACAGUCUUGCCUUUUCCCGCACCGCCGGCCCCUUCAUCGGCGACAUGGCCAACUUCGGAUUGAAGAAUGUCUCUGCCGCGCCGUCUCCUGGCAGUGCCGUCUUGCCCGAAAUUGUCUUCUGCCUUUACGAGCUUCUCUUCGCAGCCUGUACAGUACAGAUCGUUGUUGGUGGUGCCUUCGAGCGUGGUCGCAUUCUUCCAUCCCUUAUCUUCGCCUUCUGCUGGUGCACCGUUGUCUACUGUCCCAUUGCUUGCUGGACAUGGAACGCUAAUGGUUGGCUCUUCAAGCUUCCCUCGCUUGAUUAUGCCGGUGGUGGUCCCGUCCACAUCGCCAGUGGCUGGGCAGCUCUGGCUUACGCUCUAGCACUUGGUCAAAGAACUUCCAAGGAUCACCACGCAAAGCACAAGCCCCACAACUCGACCUUGGUCUUCGUCGGUACCGUACUGAUUGUCUUUGGUUGGUUCGGCUUCAACGGUGGUAGUGCGCUCAACGCCUCUAUCCGUGGUAUGAUGGCUGCUUUCAACACUCAGGUCGCUGCCUCUACUGGCGUCCUUGGUUGGGUCAUGGUCGAUGCUAUCCGCCACAAGGGACGUUUCUCUGUCGUUGGUGCUUGUGAGGGUGCGAUCGCCGGUCUCGUCGGCAUCACUCCCGCUGCUGGUUAUGUCAACCCUUGGCUUGCAGCUGUCAUCGGAUUCUUGACCGCUGUCGUUUGCGCUCUCCUGCAAGACAUCAACGAGUGGCUUCGCAUCGAUGACGGUCUCUAUGUCUUCAAGCUGCACGGAAUUGGCGGCAUGAUGGGCUCAUUCAUGACUGGUAUCUUCGCCAACCAGUCCAUCUCUGCUCUCGAUGGUGUCACUCUCGCUCCCGGUGGUUACAACGGCAACGGCGUCCAGAUUGGCAAGCAGUUCGCCGAGAUCACUGCCAUCUCUGUCUACUCGUUUGUUGUCAGUUAUGUCCUGCUCAUGAUCAUCAAGUACAUUCCCGGCAUGCACCUGCGUGUUGACAAGGAGGUUGAGAUCAGAGGACUCGACCUCGACCAGUUCUUUGAUGAAGAGAUGGACCACUGGGACCUUAGCCCCGCUGGCAUUGAUGUCAUGCAGUCGGGCCAGACCACCUUCACUCAUGGUGUUCCGGAGACUCGUGAGGGAUCUUUGACUCCCAACGAUACUGUCCCUGUUUCUGCGGAGAAGAAGUAG